AUGCGAAAGGGCACGAGGGAGCGCCGCGGCUUUCAGUGGUCGCUCCCCGUCGCAUCCGCAACCCCCGCCGCGUCCGCUCCGCGCGCCUCCGCGCCCCCGCAUUCCGCCUUCCCCACGCCCUCCCGGCGCUCGUUCCUCAGCGCGCUUGUAUGGGGGAGUGGCGGAGGCUUCGUUAUAGCGGCAUUCCUCCUGUUAGGGUCACGCCUAGUCGUGGUACAUCAGCCGCACACGUGGCAGCACCCCCAAUACGCACCAAUCGGAGCUGGACACGUGGAGGCGGGGAGGCUGGUGGGGGGGAGGGAUGGAUUGGCGGAAGUUCCGCCAUCGAUGCUGCUGGUUGCGGGAAGAGGGAUGGAAGCGGGGUUUCGCGGGAAGGGCGCACGAAGAAGGGACGGGGAACAGGGGGGUGUGGCGGAGCAGGGUAGCGGAAGAUGGGGGAAAGGGGGCAUUGAGGCAAGGCUUGGGGAGUGGGGCGGAGGGGAGGGGGAAGGUGAGCGAGGGGAGAUGCAGGGAGUGGGUGGGGUAGGGGCGGGAACGGGGAGUGGGGCGAGGCGAUGGGGGGAGAUGGAGAGCCGAAGCAGAAGGGGAGGCGUGAAGGUGAAGGGGAAUCGGGGCCGGAGGGGAUCGAGACGGCAAGAGGCGGUGGAGGAUGAAGAGGAGGAAGAGGAGGAGGAGACGGAGGAUAAGGAGGGAAUUUCAGGGGAGGAAGAGGAGGAGAGCGAGAGAGGAGAAGUGAGGAGGAAGGGUGAGGAGGGGAGUGUGUGGGAUGAGAUUAUGAGCAAACUGGAAGAGGGGAAGGGCAAGGGUGGCCGGGGAAGGGAGAAACGAGUCAGGCGAAAACGCAGAGGAGCGGACAGAGGUGGUUUGAGUGGCAUGGGUAAGGUGGGUGGGACAAGAGAAGCAGGUUUGGAUGAUAUCGCGGAGGAGAUAGGAAUGGGGCGUGGCGGUGGGGAGGAUUUGGGAGUGAGGGAUGGGGGAGAGGGAAGUGGGGGGGCUGGGGGUGGCGAUGGGCUGGGCGAAGGAACAGGAGCAGCUGAUGGGGAAGCCACAGCUGACAGUGUAGAGAGCGGUGCUGCAGGCAGAGGGAGCGGUGAAAAUGGGUUGAAAGGCAGCAAGGGUGGUUUAAAAGGUGGUGAGGGUGGGGUAGAAAGGGGGGAGAGGUCCGGUGCAGGGGGCGAGGAGCAGCACGAGAUAGACGAGCUGCUGAAAGGCCUGGAGCAGCACCUGGGGGGCGCUGGGCGCAGGGGAGGCGGCGAGGGCGGGGAGGGUGGGGAGGGUGGGGAGCGGGUGGGUGGCAGUGAUGUGAAUGCGGGCGAUGGGGGCCAGGCAGAGGAGGCGGAGCAGGGAGAAAGAAGCGAGGGGGCGGGUGGCGGAGCAGCGCAGGGGUCUGAUGGGGAGGCGGACAGGGAGCAGAGCAAGGGCGGCACGCAGGAGAGCAGCAGCAGCGGCGAUGGCGGCGGUGGGAGAAGCAGCAGCAGUGAUGGUGGAGAGGGUGGUGUUGAUGGUGGAGAGGGUGGUGUUGAUGGUGGAGAGGGUGGUGUUGAUGGUGGAGAGGGUGGUGUUGAUGGUGUGAGUGGCAUGAGGGCAGCUGGGCUGGACGGUGCAGUGGAUGCUGGUGGGGACGGGCGGAGAAGUGAGAGCGGUGCUGCUGACAGUGAGGGGCUGGAGGGUGCGGGGCUGGGGAAGGUAGGGGCGGGAGGAGUGGGAGCAAGAGGAGCAGAAGGGUCAAGUGGGGAAGAGGUUAAUGAGGGGACUGGACAAGGGAACAAAGACGGCUCUGAAGAUGAAGAAGGGAAGGAGGGAUCUAGUAGUGGUGAGGGUGGCGGUGCUUCAUUAAGUGAUUCCGCCAAGAGUGAUGCUGGUGAGAGCGUUAGUAGUGAAGGUGAAAAAACUGCUGGUGGGAACAGUCAGAGCGACGCCAGAUUGAGUGUGAGGGAUGAUCAGCCGGAGGAAGGUGGUUCAGAUGAAGGCAUGAGAGAGGUGUCAGAGGCAACAGGCAGUGACAGCAGGGAGGUGGUGGGAGGAGAUGUGCCAAGCAGGGUUGGCAGUGAGGAUGGGCCUGGUGAGCUGGGAGGAGAGAUUGGGGAGGGAAAGGAGGGGAAAGAGGGCACACGUGGUGAUGGCGUGCAAGUGGUGCAAGAGGUUGGGGUGAUGAAUGGGAAUGGGGAUGGUGCGGGGAGUGAUGGAGAGGGCACUGGCAGGGGGGAGGGCAGUGGAGUGAGUGACGAGGCAGUCAGCGAAACAAGCAGCCGUGUUGGUACCGGUGCUUCGGCCAAUGAUGCGCUAGCAGAGGCAGAGGUAGAGGAAGCAGAGGCAGUAGCGGCACUAGAGACGGAGGUUGAGGAUGAAAGAAACCUUUCAUGA